GACCCAAAAAACUGCCGUAGAAAUCAAUGGAAUGACAACAGACGAGUAUACAGAAAGUGAAGGACAUCAAUGGAGGAGGGAGUUCGCAGAUGGUUGGUGAACAUAUCGAAGUGGUGCCCAUCGCCCCAAGACUUCUCGUCGGCCCUCUCUCUCUUCCCUCCUUCUCAACGCUCCUCGAUUCUCAGAUUCAUUAAAAGUGAGGAUAGGAAGAGGGCAUUGGUCAGUCGGUUGCUUCAAUAUGCUCUGUUGCAUCAAGUGCUCGGAAUCCCAUACGAGCAAAUUAGCAUCAAACGCACCUUGGAAGGCAAACCAUAUCUGGAAUGUGAUAAAGACGUCCCGGAGUUUCCCAAUUUCAAUUUUAAUGUCUCCCAUCAUGGUGAUUAUGUGGCAAUAGCAUCAGAACCACUAUGCCUUGUGGGGUUGGAUAUGGUUUCUUGCACUAUUCCAUGGAAAGAAACAGUUACUGAAUUCAUUCAAAACUUCUCAUCAUAUUUUUCGAGAUUGGAGUGGGAUUUUAUAAUAGGUGCAGGCAAUGAAGAACAAAUGUUGGUUGAAUUUUACAGAUAUUGGUGCUUGAAGGAAGCAUAUGUCAAAGCCAUUGGCAGUGGAUUGGCAUCUGGCUUGGAUAGAGUCGAGUUUCACCACACUGGUUGGACCAACAUAAAUGUCAAAAUUGAUGGAACCUUUUCGCCGCUCUGGAAGUUUUGGCUCCUUGAUUUGGGAGAAAAGCAUUAUGUAAGUCUUCUCUCUCUCUCUCUCUCUCUCUCUCUCACAAACACAAAAUUUUCUGCGGUUAGCUUAUUUUUGAUUCAGUCCUACAGUUUGAUAGGAACUAAGAAUAUUACCUCUGCAUGUUCCAACAUCCAAGAUUUACUAUAUCCAUUGCGAGGGGUCACCCGAGAUCGGCAACCGAAAGCUACAAGAACACAAUGAAAAGAGUGGAAUUUUCCAAGGACGAAUAUUUUGCUGGUUUGCAUCUUCCAGAUGUUAGUUUCGUCUUGCAAACAGCGGAACAGCUCAUCUCGAUUCUACAGGAUGCCAAGAGAGCCUGAAUCACGAAAGGGGAGCGCAAUGCAGCGUUAAGCCGGAGACAGCGGAAAC